CCGAACACAGACCUUACACAUUUAAGGAUCUCUGGUCUAGAUCCACUGGGGACAUUCCAUCUUAGAGCGAAACCAGCCUUAAGUUUUGAACUCCCCAAAACCAGUGGAAUUAAGGGUGUUAUCAGUAAAUCUUCUUAUAGUCGACAUAUGUACUGCUAUCUUUUCCUUCUGUUACAAAUUCUGAUGUCUUCCUCUUCAGGUUCCAAUGUAAUCCGUAUCCACACUGCCAGUUACGGGCGAACAGAUAAAACCACCUGCUCUGCUGGACGCCCUGCGAAUCAACUCAGCAGGACCGACUGCUCUGCAUCUACAACGCUCCCUAUAGUAAGGGAGAGAUGUGAAGGAAGGACGACAUGCCUUCUGAAGGCCUUAAACAGCAUCUUCUCUGAUCCGUGUGGUGGCAUCUACAAGUACCUCAACAUCUCCUACAGCUGUGUUCCUCCAAACAGUAAGGAACCGGAGCAUCCCAUCACCACAAGCUUGCACUAUAAUUGCAACAUGUUGAUUGUAACACAGAUGAUGAAUGUGGUUUUUAAGAUGUUACCCACCAGUGGCAGUAAAACAUCCUUGUUGUCGAUACAUCAACUGCAAUCUUUUACCUGCUUGUCAAAAUAUAACGUCUGUCCUUCCAACCCAGGUUCAAACGUAAUCCACAUCCACAAAGCUAAUUACGGCCGGACAGAUAAAACUACCUGCUCUUCUGGACGACCUGCAAAUCAGCUCAGCAAUACCAACUGCUACGCUCCCACAACACUCCCCAUAAUAAGGGAUCGCUUGUUUGACGACACAAGAGAGAUUCCCACCGAGUUACUUUGGGCCUAA